AUGGUCCCGAUUUCAGACUUGGAGAUGGGUCCCUCCCCCUCUAAAAGGGCAUGGUGGGAGGAAGAAUGUUUAGGUUUUUUGGGAAAGGAUAUAGAGGGCAUUAUUCAGCCUUAUGAUGAUGCACUGGUGGCUACUUUACGGAUUGCAGGUUUUGAUGUAAGGAGAGUAAUGAUAGACCAAGGGAGUGGGUUUGAAGUUAUGUAUCCAAAUCUAUAUGAAGGGUUAGGCUUAACCCCCAAGGACUUAACUCAGUAUGAUACUCCCUUGGUUGCCAUCGAUGACACCAUGGUCACACCUGUCGGUGAAAUGAGGUUAGUCGUACAGAUAGGAGGAAGAAAGGAGUUAGUUGAUUUUAUUGUGGUCCACUCCUAUUCCCCUUACACAGCCAUUCUCGGUCGUCCAUGGAUUUAUUUUAUGGGGGCUGUGACUUCUUCCCUGCAUCAGAAGGUGAAGUUCCUGACUGAUCAGGGUAUUUUCAAGCUUUAG